AUGCAACAAAAGACCACGAGUGGCAAUAAUGUCAUUUGGAAUUUCUUUACACCCAGUUCCUCGGUGGUUUCUCAGUAUUAUUCUUCCAAUAAUACACAGAAUACUCCCAAAUGUACCAAAGAAGAGAUUGAUUCUUUCUUGGCACAAUCGAUAACGAGUCUCACGUUUCAAGAGCGAGAAGCAGCCUAUGAAGAACUGCAUGGAAUUGUCUCUGCCAAUGAAGAAACAAUUGAACGAAUCAGUCAAUGGCUAAGAAGCUUUGAAACCUAUCUGAAUACCGUCCAUACGGUCGGGUCAGCCUAUGAAGUAGCAGAAGCGAUGGACCGAUCCUAUGUUACGGCACAAGAAUUCCGGAUGAUGUUUCUCAGGGCAGAUCGAUACAAUAUAGAAAAGGCGGUCCACCGGAUGAUCAAGUUUAUGGAAAUUAAGAAAACAUUGUUUGGCGUCGGCAAAUUGGUACAAACGAUUACACUGCAGGACCUAAAUGACGAUGAUAUUGCUUGCCUUCGAAAUGGGAGUGUGCAGAUUGCUCCCGUCCAAGAUAUUGCGGGGCGGCAAAUAUUGGUAGGAAUUCCCUGCCUGAGGCAAUACAAAUCCAUGGAAUCGGAAUUGAGAGCUCGCUAUUAUGUAAUCAUGACACUGGUCGAAAGAGAAGAAACCCAAAUCCAUGGGGCGAUCGGAAUCUGGUAUGCCGUCGCUCCAUCCAACAGUCCAGCAACCGAACAGAAGUAUGGAUCCAACAGCGGAUUGCUCUGGACCCUACCGAUCCAUUGGGCGGCAGCACACUUUUGCUGUGACUCGUUCUUGGCCUAUGUCUUUUCGUCUGCUGGAAUUUUAUUGUCGAAUGCUGCGCAUCGCAUUCGAGUGCAUUAUGGAGAUCACAGCAAAUGUCAUCGCCAACUGUUGACGUUUGGGAUCCCAAGAGAGGGAAUUCCACUGAAUGAUAAAAUGGAAGCAUUGCUGGAGGCACAUGAACAAUGGUUUGAAUCACGCAAGGAACAGGAACUUAUUAUGGUGGCUACCAACGAAGCACGAGCGCAGUCCCCAUUUUCCAUUCAAGUCCGACCGGAAGAUGUUUUGUUUGGAAGAGGAAGAGGAGUUCACGAACAUCAAGGCAAUGUCAAGUUGCGAUAUUUGAUUGCUUCCCAUCAAGAUGCCUACAACAAGGCACCCAUUACAGAACGGACGGAAAUUGCUCUUGGGAUUGUAGGACAGAUCAAAAAACGGGGUGGGCGGUUCCUCAAGAAUGAGGCGGAAGAUUGGAUCGAAGCAUCGACCAAGGAAUCCAGAGCGAAAAUUACAAUGGCAUUUCGAAGUAAACGGAAAACAAAAGGUUGA